AUGGGGAACAAGACGUCCACUCCGGAGCACCUGCAGCGCCCCGACAAGAGGAAGGCUGUGACCUUCACACUUGAAGACCACACGGACGAUAUUCCCAAUGACGGAAAGGUUCGGCGAGAGGUUGGGGCUCUCCAUCUAGCCAUCACAGACCACUGCCGGGACUUCUAUCACGAUCGGGAGAUCGUGCUUGGGCCGAAAGACAUCGAGAUACUGCUCGACAGGGAGAAAGACAAGUUCCCGACGUUGUCGACAACGGAAUUCUCUCACCUCCUCUCCGAUGCAAGGAGUAGGAGGUCGGCUGUGACUUGCUUCAUAUCCCACAUGGUGAUUAAAAAUAUCGGUUUCUCCGGGCGCAAAUCAAGCACACUGUUGUCUCCCAGCGCCGUAGGAUGUAUCGACGACUUUGGCUUUAGUGAUCCGGAAGUAAAGAUGAGUGAAGAAGACGUUGCUUUCACUCAAUGGCGAGUCGUCACAGCGCAAUUGCUACCCAAGAUACAGAAGCGCCCAACAGUAUAUCAGACGGCCCGCAUCGACCGGCUUUUCAAGAGAAUUGACGAGACCGUACUGAUAUUCUAUGACUCGGUCAAGGACAAUACCGAGAGGCUGCGGAGUCUGCGUAGCGUCGUCGAAAAGGCAGCGAUCGUGGGUGAGAUGAUAUUUGCAUCUGCCUCCCGGUGGAAGUUCGACUGGCAUAUUUCCCGUCGUGACCUAAGAUCUAGAGACAGGCGAAGUAAAGAUCCAAAGACUCCGGAAAAGACUCACCAAGCAUUUGAUAAAGGCGGCAAGACAAUCGUCAUUGUGCGAUUCACAGCCCUGUUACAGAUCGACGCGAAGGAUCCAAAUGAUAAAUAUGGAAAGAUGAGAGCCCGACGCGGUGAGUAUGACUGUAGUUCUGCAAUUUCUGAUGUCCUCCGAGAAGUCAGACAAGGUGCAGAUUCUCGGGAUCAGCCGCCAAUAUCGAAUUUACCGGAAGGGGAGGCUACCUGA